AGAUUAAGAGUCUGAUGCUCUACCAACUGAGCUAUCUCCACCUUUUUUUUAUUUAACCUUUAACAUAACGAAGAUUAUUAAUCGUUACUGAAAUUACAUGAAACAAGCAUAUAUCUUUCUUGCCAAAUUUGAAAAGUUACAGAACAUUUGUUGCAAACAUAUACUCGGUGUGAAAAACAAGUUUCUGAUAAUCUCACUUAGUACGUUAAGGGUUAAUUAUCUUCUAGUAGUAUAUUAUACUAGUAGUAUAGUUAAUGGCACCAAUAAUAAUUCCUUGAUCGAGAAAUAUAGUAGACAACCACACGGAGAAGAAACGUUGAGAUUGUCGCUUCCGGCUCCAGAAUUAGAACUCGGUACACCUCCUAGACUUUGUUAUCCCUUGGUAAUCUUCCUGACUCGCAGAGAUAACGGAGAUCCUCAUCCGGACGAGACCUGCACAAAUUGAACACUACACUCAUGGAACUGUGUUUUUGUUGCAGCAACUGUACCUAGCUACCGGUAACUCGACAAACUACGAUGAAGGAGAUGUGUCUUCAGGUCUAGGUUCAGCUCUGGCACUUGCAGAACCUUGUAACAAUAGCGGUAGCUCGACUAGAGGCGCAUUGGUUGCCUCCGGAACAGGCGAUCCCGAGGGAUCGUUAUGGAACACAGCCGGAGAACAGCUUUGCGUUGUUUGCCAAUAUUUUCCUCUGUCGCGUGCUCUGUUGCCCUGCAGACAUACUUGCAUCUGCGCAUCUUGUUUUGGCAAAUUAGACCGAUGUCCGAUGUGCAGAAGCCCGAUAAAGAGUUAUUUCUGCAUCAGGGGCGAGGAGUACAUGCCCUUGGAGUCAGAAAUCAAUCCCUGCAAACAGAGGCAAUCGAGUCAUGGACCUACUCACUGGCUUCACGAUUGGAACGACAGACUUACGGAUUUCCUCGGAUUCGCACGAUAG